AGCAGCAGCUGCAGGCAGGCUUGUGGGUGGUGUUUACGCUGCGUGUUUUGGGAGUUUCGGGCGUUCUGUGCUAAAUUCUCGCUAGUAGAUAGGUUUAUCGGUGAAAAGAGUUAAUUUAUAACACAACAAAAAGUAAUUACUCCUAAUUAAAUCUAUUCCUCUGUGGAUACAGUACUUCAAUUUCGAAUUAGUCAAAAUCACAUGCAAAAUGUUGCUCACCGAAUAUGUUCAAUUGAUUUUGCUGCUUGGCUCAGGAUUCGUAUUUUUUCUGCUGAUUGUGAUCGGCAUAAUUUUAAAAGUAACAACUACGCCUUUUCCAAAAAUUAUUCGCCAUAAAAAAGAGGAAUACUUUGAAAAUCCUACCACCGGUGAAAAGCACAAAUUUGCCUCGCUGGAAGACGAGCCCACGAUUCAGCUUAGUGUAAUAAUUCCAGCGUUUGAUGAAGAAAAGCGACUGCCUAUCAUGCUGGAUGAAUGUCUUGAAUAUUUGGAAGCAAAACAAAAAUCUGAUAAGAAUUUCAGUUACGAGUUGAUUAUCGUAAGUGACGGCAGUCGAGACAAUACAGUAGAAGUAGCACAGAAAUAUUCCGUCAAAUAUGGCACAGACAAGGUACGAGUAUUGGCUCUUGUAGUAAACCGUGGCAAGGGAGGAGCGGUCCGGUUGGGAAUGCUAAGCGCCCGGGGCAAGUACCUACUAUUUGCGGAUGCCGAUGGUGCCACCAAAUUCACCGAUUAUGAAAAACUGGAACAGAGCAUGAAACAGCUGUGUGGAGGUAGUCCGAACAAUGAUGCUAUCGCUAUAGGAUCUCGUGCCCAUUUGGAAAAGGAAGCAACAGCAAAGCGGACGCUUUUUCGAACUAUACUAAUGCACGGUUUUCACUUUCUGGUUUGGGCUUUUGCGGUCAAAAAGAUUCGGGACACUCAGUGUGGUUUUAAGCUGUUGACUCGAUCUACGGCGCGAAAAAUCUUCACCGUAAUGCACGUCGAACGGUGGGCCUUUGAUGUGGAACUUUUGUUCAUAGCACAAGCCUAUGGAAUUCCGGUUGAUGAAAUCGCUGUAAACUGGACCGAAAUCGAGGGUUCAAAACUAACACCCUUCUGGUCGUCGCUGCAGAUGGGAAGAGAUCUGAUCUUUAUUUGGUUCCGAUAUGCGAUAGGUGCAUGGCAGUUGAAAAAGGAACACAUUCAUUAAUCGGUUGAAAUAAGUUAGGACUUUAUUUUAUUUUAUAGGUUUUUUAAAAGUUAAGUAAUGAUCUUGGCUGUAUAGCAUUUAUACGAAAAUAAACUAUUAUCAACUACGUAGGUA